AUGAAGGCCUCAGCUCUUAAUUCGGCCCUUUCCCUAUCGGGUGCCCUUGCGGCCAUUGGUAGCUACUGUAAGGACAGCAAGGGAAACUACGGCACUUGCCAGAAGGUCAACAAAUGCAAGUCUCUCAAUGGCUACACCAAGACCGAUCUCUGUCCCAACGAUCCAGAUGACGUGAAGUGCUGCUUCUACCCGGAUUGCAACAGCAACGGCUUCUGCCAGAGAGACUCCCUCUCUUGUAGCGGUACCUACUUCACUGGCGACUGUUCUGGAUCUACUACUUACCGCUGCUGUAACCUGAGGACAGGGAAGCCGCCCAUCUGCAGCCGGGACGAGAAGACCCGUCGCUGCAUUCCCCUCUGA